AUGGAAGAAGAGAACUACAAAGAAAAGUACAAAGCGCUAAAAAAGAAGUUCAAAGCAUUGCAAUCUGUGAGUUUAAUAUAGGAAAAUCAAAAAGUCCAAGCACAGUUAGAACUAGCAAACAGAACGGGAAAAGCAAUACAAAGAGAAAGAAAGUAAGAUUUAAAUAGCUUUCUAGUUGAAAAGCUUGCCUCUUCAAUUAAAAAAAAUCCACUACGAGAUCGCCCUUCAAAGCGUCAAAAAAUAGCUACUGAUGAAGUGCCAGUUAAAACAGAAGAAAAUAAAGCAAAUCCAUAA